UGCAUUUUUUUUUCACAUCGUUGUACUUGGGUAUGUUCCUAUGGCGAUGACAUUUCGCAAAGCCAAGAUAAGAGGAGCUAUAAAGGAAUGCUACGGAUUGGCCGUGAACUGCAGUCGGCUCGUGCAGUUUUACCAUCAUCAUGAAUUGCGUUGCUCUGCUCGUCGCUCUGUUAGUUUUUCAGUUCGCAAAACCAGUCCGAAGUAACGACGAGGAAUUGGAAGUCGUUCUUUUGCCGAUACAAUGGAGCAGCGGCAACGCCACGGUACCGCUGAGUUUCCGAGCUUUUGGAGAACAGGUAGAUUUGUUGCUGGAGAGAAACGAAAAUUUGCUAACGGCCAACUUCGAAGUUUGGAAACGUGGGUCGGACGAUGUCCUCGAGAGAAAAAAUCGCCUGGAAAACCGUUCCUCGUGUCAUUACGUUUACGAGAGUUCGCUCAGCAGUGCAGCCGUUAGUUUGUGCGAUACCGGAACAGUGCACGGCUUCGUCUUCCUCGAGAACGACAGUCUCGAAAUAACGCCGCUGAGAAACGAAGACGAGGACCUCUUCCGGAAGCACCGAAUCCAGGUAAGAUCGUCGUCCUACGGCGAGCCCCACGUGAUAAAAAGACGCCGCGUCUCAUCUCACGACCUCGAGCGAGUCUUCGGCACCGAAAGAUACAGAGCGUCGCCUCGUCGCCGAAAGAGCUCCGAACCAUCCAGCGAGGAGAAAUCAGUCUCGCCCCUCACCAUCGAAUUAGCGGUAUUCUUCGACGCGACGGCCCACCGUCUCUUCCACCCGCACCUGUCUCGCGACGACGACAAGCUCCUGGACAUGCUUCUCGCCUACAUAAACAACAUCCAGGCGCUUUACUACCACCCCAGUCUAGGCCAGCGGAUCGACCUGGCCCUGGUUCGACUGGAGCUCAUGGAGCGUCAGCCCAAGGAUCUGGCCCACCUGGAUGGAGAACGGGGCCAGCUCCUGGACACGUUUUGCGCCUACGCGAAGAAGCUGAAUCCAGCCGGCGACGACGAUCCCGGGCACUGGGACAUGGCUCUGUACGUCUCGGGCAUGGACUUCUACGCUAUGGAGGACGGCAAGAAGAACCCCAUAACCAUGGGACUGGCACCUGUCGGGGGCGUUUGCUGGGACGAGUACGCUUGCGUCAUCGCCGAGUUCGGGGUGACCAACCGCUUCGGGAAACCCUAUCCCUCGGCUGGCUUCACCUCGGUCUACAUCGCUGCUCACGAAAUCGCCCACAACCUGGGUAUGCACCACGACUCGACGGGCAACUCCUGUCCUAAGGACGGCUACAUCAUGUCACCGAGCCGUGGCGUCCAAGGCGAGACCCACUGGUCGUCCUGCAGCCGCGAGGUGGCCAACGCUCUGGCCACCAGUAAACCCUGUCUGCUGGACCGACCGAGGCUGGACUACCGUCUCCAGUCAAAUCGGCACCUGGACCACAGCGGUCGAUUCUCCGAGCUGCCCGGAAGACACUGGUCCGCCAAACGUCAGUGCGAGCUGUUGCUUCGAGAUAGAAAGGCCCAGGUGGACAGUUUGAAGGACUGCUGCAAGGCCUUGAGGUGCAGGACGCCGAACAAGGAGGGAUUCUACUUUGCUGGACCGGCGCUGGACGGUACCAGCUGCGAGAAGGGCAAGGAGUGCAGGGCUGGCGAUUGUUUGCCUGUAGAGGAUAAGUGGGAAGCCCUUCCACCGCUGACAACCCCAUCACCAGGACCAUCCGGUUGGAGCGACUGGCGAGAGGGUGUCUGCGAGAGCGGCUGCAUCCGGGGCUCUCUCGGUUACCAGGAGCGUCGUCGCACCUGCCUCGGCGAGUCCAGCUGUCCUGGAGCCAACGUCGACGUGAUCCUCUGCAAGGACGCGCACAUCUGCGAUCGAGGUUCGCGCAAGCGACUCAGCGUUCUGGAGUUCGCGGGUCAACGCUGCCUCGAAUUCGCCGAGAAGCUCGAGGAGAUAGACGGAGUCGCGGGUGGCCUGCAAGCAGGUCACGAGGAGCUCAGACCUUGGAUGGCCUGCGCCGUGUUUUGCAAGCGGAGCGACAUCGCAUCCUACUAUACUCCGAGGUUGGAGCUCAACGAUCUGGGAAUGGACCCUUAUCUCCCUGAUGGUACCUGGUGCCACAAGGACGAGGCGGGGGUCGACUACUUCUGCAGGAGGCACCACUGUCUGCCCGAGAAUUUCAGAUUCGGAAAGGGCUUAACGGCCGACGAGAAAGAGGAAGAGGACUUACUGGGGCCGAUGAACGCGAGACCGAAGCUCCGGCCGGAGGUCGUCCGGUACUUGAGUCUCGAUUUGAAUGGGAAACCACUGCUCAGGAACUUCGAGCCUCGUGCAGAAGAAGAAGAAGAAGAAGAAGACGACGAUGCUUGGCUCGAUACGAAGGACUACGUCGAGCUGCCCGACGAGUUUCUCGCCAGGUUCAUGUGACGCAUUGUUGUUUUUUUUUUUUUUUCCUUUGUAAAACGGAGCAUUCCGAGCGGGUGACUAAUCGACUGCAACGGGACACGGUUUUGCAGGUGGGACAACAAUCGCGUGUACGAACUGCCGACUUUAUUUAUUAACGCGAUAUUAAUUCGAUUGUACAGCGCUCGGAGUGAAUCAGAGACGAGAUGACGCGCGCGCAUCCAUAAAGCGCGAGUCCGUUAAUUAUGAAGCGGAUCGCGUCGAACGAUAUAGCGUAUCUCGCAUCGAUCGCGAAUAGCUCGUAGCGGCUGGCCUUUGAGCGAUGAUGUAUGUGUCUGUGUGUGUGUGUGUGGCGUUUGGCAUUGUUUUUUUUUUAUUUUGGUUUCUUUUUGUAAAAAUCGUCUCCGGUUACGGUAGAGGAAAGGCGAGACCUUGUCGAGCGAGAUCUUAUCGUUACGAUUAAUCGAAUAAGGCUUCUUUGUAUCUAGACGUUGAUAAAAGUUUUUUAUCUGAAGAUUAUGUAAUUGCGAGGAGAAACACGCGUUUAAUUUACGUUUAGAGUACUGUUGUGCUAUACUGGUCUGGAUAUUGUAUUUUGGCUUAAUAAAAGUUACGAUAGGACAACUGCAGUAUUUUACAUCUGACUUCGUGCAGACGAUUCAUUUGAGGAUUAUUCAUGAGAUGCUUCCACGUAUUAGUCUCUCGUGCAGCUUCUUUGUCGAGCUUAUUUAUAUCGGUUCGAAAUGCGAAAUAUGCAUGCCAAACUGUCUUUGAUUUUUUAACGAAUUACGCCGAGUCGAUUUUCUGCAUUGUCGUGAUACUACACGUAAUAGUGUGGCUGAUAAACUUUACGACUAUUGUUGCUGCUUUAUGCCAACACAAUGACGAUGAGCAAGAGACACAGCGAGGGAUCUCGCCACAAUUGAGCGAAAAAAAUAUUAUCUUCAGAAUCGACACGAGAAAAAAACAUUAUUAGUCACAUCUCAAUUUUAGAUGAUACCGUUAUAAAAUGAAUAACCGAAUGGGCACGUGCCGCGCGUUUCGAUACUUAUAAGAUUCGCAAAACAAAUCCGCGUUUAAACGAUCAAAAAUUUUCAAGCUCUUUCGAACGAAUAAAAAUUCUCGGAUUCAAAAUCGAUCGAACUGCGUGCCGCAUAUACACUUGCCUCUAGUUUCCGAAGUUACAUAUUUAAACGCAUAGCUCAGCGCAACUUUCUUCGAUGCCGUAUAGAUAUAGGCGCGCAAAAUCAAAAAUAAGCUCAGCUGUGCCAGUAGAGGAGAAAGUGAGUGCGAGGGAGAGAGAGAGAGUUCUCAGAAAAUUUCGCGGAUUAUUUAAAGUUUGGGAAAAAAAUCGUGUAGGUUUUUAGGACAAGAAGAAGACGGACAGAGCGGCAGCUGCUGUGCUUGCGAGAGAGAAAGAGAACACACGCGAAAUACAUACAUACAUACAUAUAUAUAUAAAGAUCGAGGUAGGCCGGUGACGUCACCCGUUCGGCUGACUAUUUUAGGAGUGUCUUGAGUGUCCCGUCCCUCGCCGCGGUGUAUAUCGGGGAAUAGAGAGAGAGAGAGAGAGAGAGAGAGAGAGAGAGAGAGAGAGAGAGAGAGAGAGAGAGAAAAAGAGACGAUUAUCGAGCAAGAGGAGGACAAGAGAGCGGGGAAGAAUUGACGAAGGCUGCGCCCGAUGGGGAAUUUGGCGAUAAAUGAAAACAGCGUUAUUUUUGUGUAUAGAAUGUCAAAUAAUUUAAUGCGUCUUAUUUCGUUCAUUCUUAAUAGUUUAUGCGUAUUACAAAUUAAUAAACGACUCUGGCGUUCUAAUCGAACUUUUCUUUUUACAACAGAGUUCCAUCAUGCGCAAAAGGAGAAACGUGUAUUGGCAAUUGUUUAUAAACGGCUUGCCUCUUUUGACGAUAGUGUUGUAGUAAUCAGCCUUUUAUCGGCUUUUUACUAUAUAUACACUGACGAUCCCGUGAAAAAGGGUCACUGACUCUCCGGACACUGGCAAAAGUGCGUAUAUACAAUAUAAGAGUAUAUUUUCGUACAAAAUCUUCAACUUUAGAUUUCUUUUCCUCUAGUCAGUCAAUGCGCGUUCGAAAAGGCGAAUUUCGAAAUGAAAAGAGUUAUUUUUACGUAUAGAAGAGAUUUUUAAUGACUAGCUGACUUAAGUGAAGGCGUCCGGAGAAUCCGUGACCUUUUCCCACUGUCUUGUCAUGUGACAUACAACGUAGUAGUAGAUAAUGAA